AUGUCAAUCAAAUAAGAAUUAAAUAGUAUAUUAGAAAUUAAUUUAAAAGAAAUAGAGAAACAUUUAGAUGUAUAUAUUUAUUAAUUUGAUACUUUUAGUGUUCUUUUGAUAAAAUUAACAAUUUUAUAGAUUAAAUAUUCAUUCUAGACUUUCCAAUUUAUAAGUUUAAUAAUCAACAAUAAGAAUCAUAAUUACCAAAAGUUAAUGAAUUCAAAUUAAUUGAUUAAUCUUAAUUUUAAUCAUAGAUUAUUUAAGAAUUGCAACCAUUAAUAAAUAAUUAAAUUAAACAUUAACUUUAAAUUCAAUUAUAAUAAAAUUAAGAUCAUUAAUAUUAAUAAUAAUAAUAAUAAUAAUAAUAAUAAUAAUAAUAAUAAUAAUAAUAAUAAUAAUAAUAAUAAUAAUAAUAAUAAUAAUAAUAAUAAUAAUUAAUUCAAUCUUAAUUUAAUAUUAAAUCAUUUAAUUAUUAGAUAAUUAAUCAUAAUUCUAUUAAAUAAAAACAAGAAUAUUGUUGUGCAGUUGCUUUUAAUAAAGUUUGCUCAAUUGUAGCAGCUGGAUGUAACAAUUUAAUAAAAAUAUAUGAAUUCAAACAAGGAAUGUUGAAAUAAAAUCAAAUCUUAAAUGAUCAUAACAAUUUGGUUAGCACUUUAAAUUUCAUGAAAAAAUCCAAUUAGUUUAUAUCUGGAGAUAAUAAUGGAUUUAUUAUGAUAUGGUAGAAUAAUAAUAAUACUAAUUAAUGGAUUUGUUCAUAAACACUUAAAGCACAUAACGAUCGUAUAAAUUGUUUAAUUAUGAAUAAUAAUGAAGAUAUUAUAAUAUCUAGUAGUAAUGAUUUUACUAUUAAGUUUUGGAUUAAACAAAAUGAAUGGAUCUGUUAAUAAACUAUUACAGAUCAUAAGCAUUAGGUUUAUUAAUUAAAUAUAAAUGAAUAAUAAAAUAAAGUUAUUUCAUGUGGACGGGAUCAAUUAAUAUUAAUAAUAGAAUAUUCAGAAUAUAAUAAAAAGUGGAUGGUAAUAUAAAAUAUUAAAGUUGAUUGUUAAGGAUAUCGAUUAUGUUUUAUCAAUGAUAAUCUUUUCACAUUUCAACCAAAGAAAGGCAAUUUAAUACAUUUCUAUGAGAUGAAUAGUGUAAGUAAAUAAUUCAUUAAAACUAAAAAUAUUACUGUAAAUCAAGGUGAUGAUGGUUGUGCAUUUUUCCCAUAAUAAUAUAUAAAAUCAAAAUAUUUACUUGUUAGUAAGCAUAAUUAGAAUAUCAAUUUAAUAAGAAAGCUAGAAAAUGAUGAAUUUAAAGUUGAAUAAUCUAUUUAAUUUGGUAGUAAUUGUUUAUUUGGAUAAAUAAGUGAUGAUGGAGAGUAUUUGAUUACUUGGGAUCAUUCAUCUAAAGAAAUAUAAAUUAGAAAAUACACCGAAGAAUGA